ACCAAAGGCCCAGGAUAUCAGCUUCUUGCCAAAGAAAGGAAUCAUUCCUAGUACUAUGGUGUAACCUUCUACGUAUUUUUGGUGGGGGAGCCAGCUUGCCCAACGGGAAGAAUGUUCCUUGGGAGAAAAGAGGAUAGUAUACUCGAAGAAAGCAACCAUCUUCCUUGCUGGGUCCACCAGUCAUUAUGUCGGUGCAGCCAACAACAUACUUCCCUUUAUAAUCAAUAACAACAAUGGAAUUGUAGGCCCGGCAACGCUGCCUGUCAAAAAUCAACGAUGCCGGGAAAUUUCCGAACAAGUUUAGCUCCCUAUCAAAAUGAUAUUCCUGAUGUUUGUUUUUCACAAGUAACAGCCGCUUUGAAAGCAAGACUUCAGUUAGAUGGAAGUUCAGCCUUGGUUUGUAUGGUGGCUACGGCUACGUCACAAGGAAAUCUCUUGAUCUUUCACCAACGAAAGCUAUUGAAAAGCUGCCAGCUUCCCUUUAGAGACUGUAAUGAAAUUCUCCUUUAUCACAGCUUUCAACCGGGAGUUACUAAGGAGUUUCUUGUUGCUGUUUCUUUCACUAGAGGUGGUGUUGUUAUUGACCUCCAGCAAUCAUCUGUUGUUAAGUCAUGGCCUGAUGCUAAAAAAAUUGAAGUUAAAGAUGAGUACUUGCAGGGAUAUCCUCAAUUGGUGGUCCAUUUCAAUGAAGAUCUUCGACAAGAUAAAAUUGUUGUUACCCAUGAAUGUGAUUGGGAAGUGAUGCCCAUAGAUGCCCCGUCUUCAUCAAAAAGUGAAUCAGCUUUGAACAUUGUGGUUCAAGCGUUAGAAAAUCAAUUGAAGAGUGUUAAUGGAAAACUUCACCUUCUGGAAAAGCAAAUAUCACUGAGGCAGUCCAUAGUAAACCGCUCAAUGACAGCUCUUAAUGACACAGUUAUGUGGAAAUCUUCCAGAAUACAAGCUCCGUCGUACACCACAAAGAUUGAAAAAGGAGAUACCACAACGUCUGAUGCUGGACUGGUCGACGAACAAGAUUUACUCAACCAGCACGUAGAAACCUGUGGAGUGUGGCAGUUUCUAGAUUAUGUUUCGGAUUCCUGGGUAAUCGGGGCCGCCUUCGUAAAUAUAAGUGAAAGGACACUUUGUGAUAUCCAGUGCUUUUUCACUUCCAAAAACGAGAACGCGAACUAUCGUAUUAAUUAUUACCGCACCGAUUCCAAAGUUGCAACUAAAUUUCCAAGUCCGUCCGUUGUUUUUUCUAUCCAAGACCUUCUCGAAACGUCUAAUUCAUUCAGUGGAAAGUUGGAACACAAAAGUAGCCUCGUCGUUAUAGUCGUUACGCCGAUUCCAAGGUUUCUCAAUACCGAAGAAGAAAUGGCCAGUGUUUUGCUGACGUGUAAAUCCUAUAGUAACCAGAAAAUUUUCCAGACAAGUUUGGGAUCAGUUCGUUUAAAUUUCAGUGACGUGAGCAGCCAGAACAUGAAUUUCAAUCCCUCAGUUGUUGAUCUGACAUCAAUUCGGAGGAAUGUUCUCGGUCUGAUAUCACUGUUGACGACAGAAAAAGACGCAGUUGUAUCAACAAUCUUCUCCUCCGCGACCCGUAGUUUCAACAAGGCUGCUCAGCAGUUGAACAUGCAAUAUUUGACACCCAUGCAAUGUUUCUACAGUCACGGAGUGUACGGGCCUGUCUGUAUCCUGAUGUUAGAUAAUGUUUGUCCUAAUCGGGUAAACAUGAAAAUCCGUGCCCUGUCGGAAACCAAAGUGAAUUGGUUCAUUCACCACUUAAAGUCUGCUCUCUCAGAUGACUGCAUGUUUACACUAACAACUGCCAGUGCCAAAGUCAUCGAAAGGAAUUUUCCAGGAAUGAGUCACUUGAACUCUGCCCUCGCCUUGCUAUCAAACGCGGAAGUCGCCAGUGAAGAUGAAUUAAUGGUAAUAGAAGAAGAAAAAGCUGGACCAGUCGACUCGCCCAUAGAUAAAAUUCGUAGAGAGUUUUUGAAGAAGCAAAGCAAAUUUCUCGGAAUCAGCAAAGAGCGCCAUGGCAGUAUUAAAAUCGCAAUCGAACAUUACCGACAAUUUCAACAUAGUUGGUUUGUCUGAGUUUGUAUUCAAAAUGUAUUAAUUUUGACCAAGAUAAUGCUGGAAUGUAACGUAUUGAAAAAAGAUUAUUGCAGAAUAAUAAUGGCGAUAACAUUUACUGAAUCAAUAUUCGAGCUUGACAUUGGACUCGUUGCCGAGUAAGCGGCAAUCCUGAAUCUCAAAGGUUUCUGGCACCCUGCUGAAACAAAAACAACAAGUGGUUAUUUGAUAAUUUCAAAGUUCGAUUUCAGAUUUUAGAACUUGCAUCUGUAAUAGCUCCAACCCGCCAAGAAGAGUUUCUCCGAUCGACUCCGAGUUCAUUUCGACACAAAUAGCAUAUUCUUUACACUGCUUCAAAUCACAGUCGAAUAUUUGAACGGACGUUUCCUCUUCAGCCUUGAAAUGGAAAUCAUCACUUUAUAACUGGUUUGACUUGCUUGUAGUUUUUAAAUCUUACUAGUAUGCCAAUAUUGCACGAAGAUACUUCCGAACCAGACAGAAUUGCUUGUCCCGCGGCUCUCACUCGUAAACCAACAUCAAAGUUAAUGACGUUACAUUCUUUGAGAACCAGUUUUCCCUGUGGUGCGACGUAAAAACCUUUCCAUGAUCCAACGUCUUUAUCCCCGUUUUUUGUUCCAUCCGCUAAACACGCACCUCGCAUUGUGCAAUUUUCCAAAGUCACGCUCCCCUGCAAUUCAAGCAUAGUACAUGAAGGGUUUUAUUUCCUUAUUUGAAAAGCGUUAACAAAAUAUUUACUUUAACGGCGAUUCCCGAUUGUUUAUUGUUGAUCAGCAAAGUGCAGUUCUUUAGGAGGACAUUUCCGUCAUCAAAAGUCAGUCCUACUUCAAUGUUGGAACCAGGAUGAACUACAAUAUCCUCUUUUGCGCCGAUUCCUGUUACAAAAUUUUUAUGCUUAAAUCCGUGAUCUGAUUAGUCAAUCAAUUGCUUAUAAUUUCUUUACCAAUCAAAGUACCGCCAUGGCGAAACGAAUUCACGUUAUAGAGAUUAUGGAUCCCUUUUGAGAUUACAACAAUAUCGUCGAUUCGGCAGUCGUCCAAUGCAGUUUGUAAAGACGGGUAGCACCUUUAAGAGAAGUAAAAUCAGUUAUUUUAAUAGGCCAGAAAACAAUAUUUAAAAAUAAAACCUGAUGCUCAACUGAGGAUUGAAUUCAGACUCAAGUUUAUUCAGAGUUUGGUGGAGGCUUAAGCAAGAUUGAUCUUGAACUACCAGCAAGACUUCUGGAUCUUCGUUGCGUUUCACGCGAGUCACCUUUGCGCCAAAGAGAAGCAUUCUAGAAAACAGCAGGUAAUUAUAGUUUAUUGUUAUCUGCACACAUAGAAAAUGUAAGAAUUGUUAAUACCUGGUGUUGGGAUUUAGAAUAAUUUCAACAUCCUGCUGAAUUUGUUCAAGUUUUGAAUUUAACUCGGUAAUAUUUCCAACCACUUCUUCUUCCAUGUCAUCUUCAGAAAACUCAACUUUCAAUGCCAUGGCCUGCAAUUUCUUUUCUACUUCAUUAGCUUCUGAGAGGAGGUAAUGGUAUCGAACAACUGUUUCUUGGUUUAGCAUGCCUGAUCUCAGCUCACAAAACCUGUGGCAGUAUCAAUCUAAGUUUUAAAAAAUGUUGUAAUAUUUUAAAGUCAUUUGUGGUUACAUGCCAACCCGGACAGGCAGAUGAAACUGAAACCAGUCUUCUUGAAUAUCACAAUCCCAAGGUAGAAGAAGAUGAUUGUAGAGGAAGCGAAUUCUCUGAAUGGCAUUGUGAGUUGCCUCAAUGGUAAUGGCACUAUUUUCUUGGCGUCUCAGAGGAUGAAGUUCAGUCAACGGGACAGUUUCUGUUUUUUUUUCUUCGAGCAUUUCAUCAAUAACUUCAACUGUUGCUUCCAAUGACUGGUAAUCCACAUUGCAUACCUUGAAAGUAGAAUUUAAAAAAUGUGUGAAACUAUUUUAAAUACUGCUGAAUUGCCAAAAAAAAACCUCAAUUAAUGCAGGGCUUUUAAGUCUUUCUUUCAAUGUGGAACUGGUCUUGGAAUCAGCCAUCCACAAAGCUUGCCAUCCAACAGGUUCAACUGUUUGCUCUGCAUAGAAAACUAUGAUUUGUUGCAACUCUUGACCUUUGAUAAACUCGUUUUCAGGAUUCAAACACUGUUUCAGAUCUUCAACUAUUUCUGAUGCACUCAUACGACAGGAAUAGGUAUCGGGCAACGUUUCCAAGGGAUUUGAUUUUUGAAGACUUUUGAUGGGAUGAUCCAUUGCAAUUUAAUACGACGGUUUCUGUAUCGUUAAAAACAAGUUGAGGUCUUGCUUUUAAUGGGAAAACGUUUUUUAACCAAAUUUGAGGGAGAUGGGAUGGGAGAUCAACCGUUAAUGUUUUUUUCUGUUUUGGCUGCAAAUUUUGAAAAUGGGCGGUGCUGAUACUGGCACGUUGCCAAGAUGUAGGCCUAUUUUGAUUUCAUUUAAUCUAUUUUGAAAUUUCUAUCAAAUUAUGCCUUUACUUCAAUAAAUAAAAAAAUUAAUUUAGAAUUUUACUUGCAUUAAAUCUGUAGACUAAAAUUCUAACAUUUGAAAUUUUUCCGAGCUGGCAGGACAGCCCACCAUUCACUGGCGAAAUUAUCCAUCUGGCGGCUCGGACUAGUAUUUUGUGUACGAAUGAUUUGUGGCUUUUGUCUUUUCACUCUUUUGUGCUUUCAGUCUUUCACAGUUUCACGUGUUCAAUGGCGUGAUCGGUCGUCUUUUUGAUUCCCGCUGCUUUUUGCUUGCUUUUUUCUUGACAUUUUUCGUCUUAGAAACGAUAACAGGCGAUUUCAUUUUUUUCGCGGGUGCCGGCUGUACGUUUCGUCUUUCGUUACGUGCAGAAACACUUCAGAACAGUACAAUAGUUGUAUAGGCCUAAGAGGUCUGAUAUAAUAAUAAGGUGUUCCUCUUGCAAUCUUGCUACCUGUACGGCUGUACCAUGAAGGAUUCCUCCUUCAUGACUGUACCAGUUAUGGCUUUCAUCAGUUGCAGAAACAUAAUAAACCUGGUGAAGUCUGAGCUACAUUGCAGCAUGUGCAUGUGAUCUCCACCAUGUCAUGAAGAUUCAUCUUGGGGGCUCUAUUAUAUUCCAAGAAAAUAAUGUGAUGAAAACAAGAAAUCCAAAAUGGUAGUAAUGUACUUACUUGUAAGCCAGCUGGUAAAUGGUGUGGUGAGUUGUUGCAUGAAGACCAUGGUACUGGUUGUGAUGAGCUGCUGAUGCUGAAUGCAGUCUUGCUGCAUUUUGUUUGUGGUGCUGGUUUAAACUUGGAAGAAUUUGAAGUUUCCAUGGUCAGUUUGAGCUGUUUGUGAUGUUGAUCUUUGGUGUGCAGAGGUUUGGCAGUCCUUUUUCAGUUGAGAGAUGCGCCGAAAUGGAACUUGUGUAAACGUGAAGUUCAACAUUAUACUUCAAUGUUCAAUGUGUUGUUUGCCGAUGUUGGUGUCCAUGCAAUGGUGAACUGUUUAGAUAUGUCGUCUAUUGCUACGUGUACCGGCGUUGAGUUGGAUCGUCUGCCACCGUUCCAUAAGCAAAACCCAUUGAUGAAAAUGAAAAAUUGUUGAAUUUCAAGACUGAUUCAUAUAUAUGUAGAUUUAGAUAAAUUACGAGUGCCUCUUUGUUCUCCCUUAUAGUGGCCCCGUUUCCUUUGUAUACAGUAUCUAAUCUCUUUCCCCCCUCCCGAUGGUAAAUAUUCCGCUUUAAUAACCGCGAUGAUCUGAGGAACAAUUUCUGUAGAUAACUUGAUUUUUUUCCUUUAAAAAAAGGACAUCUGUGAUGAGAAUUUAUUCAAUAGGUAAAAACAAGUAAUACUACUAUGUAAAUUAAUAUGUUAGCAACGAAAUGCAAACACCAAUU